AUGGCAAUGUACGGGGCGCCGAUCUGGGCAGACCGAUUGCGCAAGGAAAACAGUCUUGCGCUAGGAAGACUACAAAGGGUGAUGGCCAUCCGGGCAGUCCGCGGCUACCGCACAAUCUCCAAAGAUGCGGCUUGCCUGCUCGCGGGGGCCAUCCCCUGGGAUUUGGAUGCGCGUGCCCUCGCCGAUGUAUUCUGGCGUUGCGCUGCGGUCCGCGCGGGGGGCAGCAACCCCCUACCGGAUGCCGUACGUCGGUGGAGGAGCGAUGCGAGAGACAUGGCAAUUGAUUUGUGGCAAGAGCGGCUAGAAGAGCCGCAAGCCAGCGUGGACUUAGUUCUGGCCAUCCGCCCAGUACUCAGACAGUGGCUUGAUCGCAAGGAUGGAACUCUCUCAUUUCGCCUCACACAGGUGCUGACCGGGCACGGGUGCUUCGGUCGGUACCUGUGCGAGAUCGUCGGAAGGGAAGAGACCCCAAGAUGCCACCACUGUGACGAAGACAGGGACACGACCGAGCACACUGUAUCGAUCUGUCCCUCUUGGAAUGGACAACGUGCGGCCCUCACGGCCGCCAUCGGAUAUGACACCUCGCUCCCAGCAUUGGUUCGCUCGAUGCUGGGCAGCAAUCAAGGAUGGAGGGCGGUUGAAGACUUUGCUGAGCAUGUAAUGGCCGCCAAAGAGGAGGCCGAGCGCAUACGCGAGCGGGAGGCACUCGACCCUCGAAGACGUAGCCGGCCAAGGCGACGUAGGGUCAAUAAUGACGACCGAAACGUUCCGCCAUAG